AUGGCGCCGAAGCAUUAUAGACCAGCGGGAAAGAAGAAGGAAGGAAAUGCGGCUAGGUAUAUGACCAGGUCGCAAGCACUCAAGCAUCUUCAAGUUAAUCUGAAUCUAUUCAGGAGACUAUGUAUCGUCAAAGGUAUAUUUCCUCGAGAACCGAAGAAGAAGGUGAAGGGAAACCACCACACAUACUACCAUGUUAAGGACAUUGCUUUCCUUCAUCACGAGCCACUUCUUGAGAAGUUCAGGGAAAUUAAAACAUACCAAAAGAAGGUACUGAAAGCCAAGGCUAAGAAAAACGAGGAGCUCGCACGUCUUUUGCUUACUCGCCAACCCACUUACAAGCUAGAUAGAUUGAUCCUUGAAAGGUAUCCCACAUUUAUUGAUGCACUACGCGACUUGGAUGACUGUCUUACGAUGGUUCAUCUUUUUGCGGUGUUACCUGCUUCAGACAGGGAAAAGCUUGAAGUUAAACGAGUCCACAACUGUAGAAAAUUGAGCCAUGAAUGGCAAGCUUACAUUUUGCGUACUCAUGCAUUACGGAAAGUGUUCGUUUCUGUCAAGGGCAUAUAUUAUCAGGCUGAAGUAGAAGGUCAAAAGAUCACUUGGUUGACCCCUCAUGCAAUACAACAAGUAUUUACGAAUGAUGUUGACUUCAGUGUUCUGCUAACCUUCUUGGAAUUUUAUGAGACUCUUCUUGCCUUCAUUAAUUUUAAGCUGUACCGUUCUCUGAAUGUGAAAUAUCCGCCAAUCCUUGAUUCUCGGUUGGAGGCUUUGGCUGCAGAUCUCUAUGCACUGUCAAGAUACAUUGAUGCUAGCGCCAGAGGCAUGGUGGUGGAGCCUAAAGUUGAUGCUUCAUCUAGCUCACAGUCAAACGACCGUGAAGAGUCAGAACUGAGACUAGCACAACUUCAGCACCAGCUGCCUUCAAGUGAGCCUGGUGCAUUGAUGCAUCUCGUUGCAGAUAACAAUAAAGAGGUUGAAGAGGAUGAAGAAACAAGAGUGUGCAAGUCACUUUUUAAGGAUCUGAAGUUUUUCUUGAGCCGUGAGGUUCCAAGAGAGUCCUUGCUUUUUGUGCUUCCUGCUUUUGGUGGGAUGGUUUCUUGGGAAGGAGAAGGUGCACCUUUCAAGGAGGAUGAUGAUAGUAUUACCCAUCAUAUCAUUGAUAAGCCAAGUGCGGGUCAUUUGUAUCUGUCAAGGGAGUAUGUUCAACCACAGUGGAUCUAUGACUGCGUGAAUGCUCGUAUAAUCUUACCAACUGAAAAGUAUAUGGUCGGAAGGGUUCCACCACCGCAUUUGUCACCGUUUGUGGACAAUGAAGCAGAAGGAUAUGUACCUGAUUAUGCAGAACAAAUUAAAAGGCUACAAGCAGCAGCCAGAAACAAAGUUCUUCCAUUGCCAGGUGUUGGGAAAGAGGAUCUUGAAGAUCCUCAAAACUUGUUAUACGCUGGUGUUAUGAGCCGUGCCGAGGAAGCCGAAGCUGCUGAGAACAAGAAGAAGAUGGCGGCGAAAGAAAAGCAAUACCAUGAAGAACUGAAGCUGGAACUGAAGAAGGGAAAAGGAAUUGUUGUGGACGGAGAAGCAGAAGCUGAGGGUGAAGAAGAAGAAUCAGCUCCUAAUGCAGAUAAUAAUCAAAUCGCUGAGGAUAACGCUGCUAUGGCCAAGGUGACGAUGCCCCGUAAGAAGAGGAAGCUCUACGACGCCAUGAAGAUGGGGCAGGAGAAGAGGAAUGAAGGAAUUAAUCGAAUCAAGGAGCGCAAGAAUAAGUUGAAGAAUGCUGCUCAAGAAUAA